AUGGCCCAGGUCCAACUUGACCGAGCUCUUCUGACUCAAGCAUCCAAGAAAACGGUCCUUAUAACAGGCGCUGCGCGCGGUAUUGGCGCUGCAACUGCCCGCCUGUUCAACGACUCCGGCGCAAACGUGAUACUCGCCGACCUCGCCGACCUUAAAGAUACCGCCGAAGAAGUAAUCCAAACCCAAUUCGCGCAUCCGGAGAGAGCGAAAUUUAUCCCUACCAAUAUCGUCAACUGGGCCGAAUUAACCACAUGUUUCGAGACCGCGAUCGCGGAAUUCGGCGCCAUCGACAUUGUCAUCGCAAACGCGGGGAUCAUGGAAUCUCACCCCGUAUUCGAUUUAACCGCAGUAGAUGAUCAAGGACGUCUUCUCGAGUCCAAUGAUGCAGGGAGAGUCAUCGACGUUAAUCUGAAAGGGACUUUGAAUACAAUGCGUCUCGGACUCCAUUACAUGAAAUCAAAGGGAUCGCAAUCAAAAUCAAUUCUCCUUGUCGCGUCUACAUCGAGUUAUUUCGGUGGAACAGGGGUUGCCGCGUACAUUGCCUCGAAGCACGGGGUUCUAGGGCUGCUGCGCGCGUCUCAAGAUGUUGCGCGCGAACAUGACGUGCGGGUGAAUGCUGUUGCUCCGUUCUUGACGCCUACGCAUAUUACCGCUGGGUUUUCAGAGAGAUGGGGUCGUGCUGGGCUGGAGAAGAAUACUCCUGAGGGGGUUGCUGAGGCUAUUGCUUUGGUGGCUUUGGAUUCGGGGAGGGAGGGUCAUUGUGUUUUGGUUGCUGGGAAGUAUCUUCGGGAGCUUGAGCAUAGUAGAGUGAAGUUGUUUGGCGAGUGGUUGGGCGAGGAUCUUACUGGGUUUUUGGCGGCCGCGAUGCAGUUCUUUGUUAGUAUUGGGGGUUACGUGCUACCUCGAAGCUGA